AUGUCUGAUACAACAUGUAAUUACAAUAAAGUACAUGGAGUUUUUAAUCGACAAGAAAUCAGGAUGUUGGCUCAAGCAUUAGCAUUACCAGAAGCACGUAUUGAUGAUCGACUAAAUAAACUUGGCAUUGGAGAAACAAUUCAAACCACAGAACUGUUAGAUUUAAUUGAAAAAGGUGUAUUUAUCAUCGAUUUUAAUUACAUGUACAACGCUCGAUGUGGUCGAUAUAAUAGUGUUGUGUUCGUUAAAGCUCUUCAAUUGAUUGAUUCACAUUUAUUUAGCUUUAAUGAAAUAUUCAAAGCUCGUCUUGCUUUUAACAUAUAUGAAAUAAAUGUAUCAAGCAAUUAUAAGAAAAAUUUCGAAUUGAUUUUACAAAGUAUUAAAUUUUGUGAUUGUCAUAUAAGUAUUUUGAAACUUGAGCGACGUUUACUUCAUUAUGGUUUAAACAGUUCAAGAAUAUUACACUUAUCUGAAUAUUUUGAUCUGUUAUUGAUUUGUCAUCGUGACAACAAUAAUAAUAGUUCAAAAUCAUUCUCAACUAAAACUAUCGAUGUAGCCGAUCCAAAACCUAUUGAUCAACAAAUGAUGGAAGAAUUAGAUAAAAACUAUUUACGAGAUGAACGUAAUUGGUUUUUUCAAGAAAGAUUUCAUAAGCAAAAAAUGACGGAAAAUCCUGUAUGGCCAGCAAAAAUUGCUCACCAAUAUCAAACAAAUAUAGCUGCUAUAAGAAAAGCUCAAAUCCAAAGAGCAUUAUCAACAAGUAUUUCGUCGUUGAAGUUAACUCGAACGGGUAGUAGUUGUUCAUCUCGAUCACGUAUAAUAUCUUCAAGUCUUCGUCAAUCUGCGCCCGUAUCGUUUUGUUCAUCUACAUCGUUUACAACAAGAGUUACUCCAAGUAGAACUUGUUCUCGGUCACAAUCAACUCAAUCGGUAAGAGAAGAAAUUGAAACAAUACCAAGUGAUACGAAAUCCACUGAAAUAAAACCCAACAAUAUUUCAAAUCGUAUGAAACAAUUAGAAUGUGACUCGGCAUUUCUAACAAUUAAAUAUGCAUUAUAUCGAGAAGAUUACAUGAAUGAACUUCUUCCCGAUGGAUAUACGAAACCAUUAAUAAUUCCCAAACCAAUUGAACGGCGUCUUAAAAAAUCUAGAUCAUCAGUUCAUUGGGCACGUCGUGCUAAUUUUACAUAA